AUGGAUAGCAGCAUUUUACGAGAUGGAAGAGAGAAUAUCUACGAUGAUGGAAUUGAAAACUAUCAAUAUUUCCAAAUUGAUCCAGUUUUGGGAACAAAUUAUGGAUUUGGUAAUCGUGUGAAAAUGGAAGUGGCAUGUAAUGAAAAAAAUGUUCAUUUAUCUGCAGGUUAUGUUCAUAUAUUAGGUUCGAUAACGAAGAGAGAUGGAAGUGUAAUUGAUACUAACACACAGCUAGAUAAUGGGUUUACAUUUAAUUUGUUUUCUGAAGCAAGCUUAAAAUUUAAUAGUAAAGUUAUUGAUCAUGUAUAUAAUCCUGGAAUUAUAUGUCCAGUAAAAGCAUACGCAUUGGGAACGCCUGGAAAUGAACCGGAGAGACGAAGUAUUGGUCUCGUAGAUGCGCAUUUACAUUCUCCACAGUUUCACAUAGCUAUUCCUUUACGUUACUUUUUCGGAUUAUGUGAUGACUAUAAUCAAAUAAUAAUUGUUAAUUCACUAGAAUUUGCAUUUGUGAGAAGUACUUCGGAUGAUAGAUGUAUUUACUCUUCAGCCCCUGGAGAGGAUGCUAUUAAUGCAAAAAUAAACAUAUCAAAAAUGUAUAUCAAACUUCCAUUCGUACAACCAUCGAACAAAGAAUUAGCUAAACUUCUCACUAUCACUAAUCAAAACAAGGUUAUCAAAUUAGCAUUUCGACAGUGGAAUGUGACAGUUAUCUGGUAUUUCAAGCACGUUGCGUCAUGCUCUUCAAGUUUGCACAACAUCACUCUUAGAGACUCCUAG